AUGCCCUGUGAGAAACCAUGGUGCUGCCGCAACACAGAGGAGCUGCCAUCUAGCACUCUGGGGCAGAUAAUCUCCCCCAGUCCUUCCAAUACAGAGACCAGGCUUCCUUCGGUUUGUAUUGAUUCUAGAAGGGGCAUUUUUGCAGUGGCAAAAACUUCCACUGGACCUAGAUACCCCAUUCAUGUUCAAAAGUGCACAUGGGGAGCUAAACAUUGUGUGAUCUGCGAGUUAGAGAAAUGCAACCGAGCAUCAGAAUUUUCUCAAAGGAGUGGAUUCAUGGGAUUUGAAUCCUUCCAUCUGAGGUCUUUGGCCUUCUCUCCAGUUACUGCUAUGUCAGACAUUACACUUCAGGAAGAAGUAUUAACUAGAAUCAUACAAGCAAAAUGGUUUGGUAAAGAGACAAUGAAAACUUGUUUACAUCGUAAACAGAUGGCAGAAACACAGCAGACGCCAUUAAGUAAAGAGAUUUCUCUGGGAGAAGAAAAAUCACAAAUAUAUCUAUCAGUGUUUGAACCACAUAUAUCAUUCAGGUCUCGUUUGGGGAGGAUGAUGGUCCAUUAUAACAAGAAAUUGAAUACCUGGCACUGUGCCUCUUGCAAGCCUGUAUCUUCAUGUAUACACAAGGCUAUAUCUAAAUGGCAUUUAUAUCAAACACGCCCUGAACACUUUAAAAAAGUUAAGACAACAGGAAAUGAUGUUUUUGGCUAUGUCACCAUUUACAGUGGCUCCUAUGAUUCUGAACAACAGUCAUGUGAUGUUUGCUAUGCUCCUAGAGGCCAUUUACUUGUGAGACUUGUGCAGUACAUUCAAAGGAAUAAAACAAUCCCAGAUGUUUUGCCUUGUGAAAUUUGUGCCACACCAAAAAUGAGUGACUUCCCAAUGCACUUGAUUCCAUAUGAGACAUUUUGUGCCCAGUGCCCUAGGAAGGUUCCUUUGUCUGAUCCAAUUCCUAUUACCCAUAAAGGAAAGAUCAUCAUGUUCUCUGGUAUUGUUAUAGGUUUGUCACAUUAUGCUGUAAACAGUUUUUUGUCAAAUAUUGACGUGAAAGAACCCCCACCAGAUUUUAAAAGGGAGGUGGAUAUGGAAGACUUUUGGAAGUCCGUGGAAAGAGAAAUUCUUGGUAGAGGCUUUGUGAAAUGCAACCGUGAUAGUCCUUUUGUCAUUUUGCCAAGUUACCAUCAGUGGGCACCCUGGAUAGGACCCCAAACCAGAGCAAAUCACAUUGUUGCUAACACAGAGUAUGCUAAAGUACAUGUGUCAAAUAAGUGCCAAGAUGAAGGUGACAUUGAUAUUACAGAGGAGCGUCUCACAAAUGAAGUCAUGAAUUUAAAGGUUAACACCAUCAGAAAACUUUGUAAACAAUGCAAGCUUGACUCUAAGGGCUCAAAAAUGGAUCUUGUCAUGCGCUUAAGGGCAAAAAUGCAAACUCGAAGCACAUAUGACAAGGUGUUUCAGAAGGUUUGGGGUGCAUCAGGUGGCUGGGCAGUGAUCAUGUGUCCAUGUGGAGUAGUCUACUCUGUUAAAUUCAACAUCAGGGCAGAAAGUCCAAGAGACUAUGCUGAUAUGUUGCCGUCCUGGAUGCAUAUUCUAAAUGUGGUUGUUUAUGACUUUGCCAGGGGUUUGGUAAACCACUGCAAGUUGUGGGAGCCAGAGAGACCUUUAUUUAAUCCAAAUGAAGAACAACUAACAGAGGCAACCUGUGACAACAUUGAAAUGGCAGUUAAAGAAAACUUAAAAAUAAAUUUGCCUUGGCUCAAUGCUAAAAAAGUCACACCUGAUUUAAAUGGUCAUCCUGUCACAGGAUCCGCUGAGCACUAUGCUCUCUGUAUGAUACAUUUCACCAAUACAACACAAAGGAUGAGAAGGAUGCGGAAAAACAAUUAUUUUCUGAAUAUGCUCUCUCCGUCUGCUCAUGUGUUCCUGAUGAAAUCCAUUAUACAUCAACACAAUCAGAGUGUCAAUCAGAAGGCACUGGCUAAACUGAGAAAGAUUUGUCCAGGGACUUUGCAAGCAGCUUCUUUAGCUCCUUCUCCUCCAUCUCCAUCAGCUGUUCAUCAAGCAAUCACAUCCCCAGUGCAUUCAAUAAGUCACCCAGGAACAUUUCAAGCAGCCUGUCCAGCCACUGCAGUCACAUUUAAUGUUGAAAAUGACAAAUUUGUGAGUAUCAGGUUUAUAAUGGAUAUCAAACUGUCACAGACUGAGAGACUUUUGGAAGUGGGAGGAGUCUGGUUGACAAGUUUAGAUUUUAAGACAAUUGGACCAGAAUCUUGGAUGGAAUCCACUGGGAAAGACAUUUACAUGGGAGAUUUGUAUGUCACUGCCACUUGGGGGCCUCCAAGAAAUCUUGAUCCGUUGCAAAGUUUACCUGUGUUGAAUCUAAAGCAGAAAGAAAUAUACUUUCUGGAUUCUUUUUAUGAGAAGAGAGAUGACCCAGAAGGAUUUGGUGACAUAUCUUAUGUCGCUGUGUGCAGGAGAAUUGCCCAACAUGUGUCUCCUGGACAAUGGAAAUCACGAUCAGGAUUUGACAUUGGCCUUCCAAGUCAGAUGAAUAGCAAUGACUGUGGAAUUUUCAUGUUGAUGAAUGACAUGCCAGCUUUGAGGAAGUGGUGGUGUAUAAUGUCACUUGAGAACUCAAGCCCCAAGGGGAAAUACUCACAUUGGACUGAGUUGAAUGCCCUUCUAAAUGAUGACCAAGAACAUAAGAAAAAAUUAGAAGGUCUAGACUAUAUGGAGCCAUUAAUGAAAAAACAGAAGAUGGGUAAAGACUUGAACUACAUCUGA